AUGAAAUUAAUGAAAGUAUUUGGAUAUAUAAAUAUAAUCACAAAUUGUGUUCAUAAUAUUUUAUGCAAAGGUGAAAAAAAAAGUUAUAAUGUUUUUGCAAAUAGUUUCAUUUACUCAUUAAAUAGUAAUUUACAUUCAUUUAGAGCAAUCAUGAGUAAAAAACCAGAAUGGACACUUGAAAAAUCCCCGGAGCAUAAUAGUUAUAAUAUUGUUGAAAAAAGAUAUAGUGAUAAUUUUAAAAUGACUUAUACUGUUUAUGAACAUAAAAAAUUAAAAACUCAAGUUAUAGCACUUGGAACAAAUGACCCAUUAGACGUUGAACAAGCUUUUGCUUUUUACGUUAAAACCUUAACAUAUACUGGAAAAGGAAUUCCACAUAUAUUAGAACAUUCUGUUUUAUCAGGUUCAAAAAAUUAUAAUUAUAAAAAUUCUUUUGUUUUGUUGGAAAAAGGUUCCUUACAUACUCAUUUAAAUGCUUAUACAUUUAAUGAUAGAACUGUAUAUAUGGCAGGUUCUAUGAAUAAUCGCGAUUUUUUUAACAUUAUGGGUGUUUAUAUGGAUAGUGUAUUUCAACCAAAUGUACUUGAGAAUAAAUAUAUUUUUCAAACAGAAGGAUGGACGUAUGAAGUUGAAAAAUUAAAGGAAGAAGAAAAAAAUGAUGACAUUCCUAAAAUUAAAGAUUAUAAAGUAUCAUAUAAUGGUAUAGUUUACAACGAGAUGAAAGGAGCAUUUAGUAGCCCAUUAGAAGAUUUAUAUUAUGAAGAAAUGAAGUAUAUGUUUCCAGAUAAUGUUCAUUCUAAUAAUAGUGGUGGUGAUCCAAAGGAAAUUCCAAAUUUAACAUACGAAGAAUUUAAAGAAUUUUAUUACAAAAAUUAUAAUCCUAAAAAAAUAAAAGUAAUGUUUUUUAGCAAAAAUAAUCCAACUGAAUUAUUGAAUUUCGUUGAUGAUUAUUUGAAUAAACUUGAUUUAAGUAAUUACAGAGAUGAUAAAAUAGACAAUGUAAAAUAUCAAGAAUAUAAAAAAGGGCCAUUUUAUGUUGAAAAAAAAUUUGGAGAUCAUUCUGAAGAUAAAGAAAAUUUAGUUUCAGUUUCGUGGCUUUUAAAUCCUAAAAAAGGUAAAGAUGAUAAUGCAGAAGUAAGUUUAGAAUCUCCUAUUGAUUACUUUGCUUUGUUAAUAAUAAACAAUUUAUUAGUUCAUACUCCUGAAAGUGUUUUAUAUAAAGCUUUAACCAAGAGUGGUUUAGGAAAUAGUGUUAUUGAUAGGGGAUUGAAUGAUAAUCUAAUUCAAUUUGUUUUUAGUAUAGGAUUAAAAGGAAUAAAAAAAAAUAAUUUACAAAAUAUUAGCAUAGACAAAGUUCAUUAUGAAGUUGAAGAUAUUGUUUUAAAAGCUUUGAAAAAAGUUACUGAAGAAGGUUUUAAUGAAUCAGCUGUAGAGGCAGCAAUAAACAAUAUAGAAUUUGUUUUAAAAGAGACUAAUUUAAAAACAUCAAAAAGUAUAGACAUAAUUUUUGAAAUGGUAUCACAAUUAAAUUAUAAUAGAGAUCCCUUGAGAUUAUUUGAAUUUGAAAAAUACAUAAAUAUAAUUAAAAACAAAAUAAAAACUGAACCCAAAUUUUUAGAAAAAUAUGUGGAAAAAUAUUUUAUAAAUAAUGAUCACCGCGCAGUUAUUUUGCUUAAAGGUGAUGAAAAUUACGGAUUUGAACAAGAGAAUAUGGAGAAACAGUCAUUGAAAAAUAGAAUUGACAAUUUCACAGAAGAAGAAAAAGAAGGUGUUAUUAAAAAUUUUGAAGAAUUAAGUAAAUACAAAAAUGCAGAGGAAACACCAGAACAUUUAAGUAAAUUUCCUAUAAUAAGUAUAUCAGAUUUAAAUAAGAAAACAUUAGAGAUACCUGUGAAUGUGUAUUUUUCUAACUUAGAAAAAGAAAAUGAUAUGGAGCAAUAUUUAAAAAUUAAGGAAAAUGAAGAUACAUUAAUCCAAAAUAUGGAUUAUUUUAAAAAAAAGUACAUUUUAAAAAAACCAAUAGAUGAAUUAGAUAUAAAGGAAAGAGUUAUGUACAAUGAAGGGGAUGUGCCUAUGUUAUUACACGAAAUGCCCACAAGUGGAAUAUUAUAUAUUCAAUUUGCAUUUUCCUUAGAUAAUUUAACUCUUGAAGAGUUAAGUUAUUUGAAUUUAUUUAAAACAUUAAUACUUGAAAAUAGAACAAGUAAGAGAUCAUCUGAAGAAUUUGUAGUUUUAAGAGAAAAAAAUAUUGGAAAUAUGUUGGCAGAUGUUGCUUUAUAUUCAACAGAUGAUCAUUUAAAUGUAACAAAUAAAUAUAAUGCAUGUGCAUUAUUUAAUUUAGAGUUGCAUUUUUUAAGUCAUAAAUGUACUGAAGCGUUAGAUAUUGCUUUGGAAGCAUUAAAGGAAUCCGAUUUUUCAAACCAAAAAAAAAUAUUAGAAAUUUUAAAAAGAAAAGUUAAUAAAAUGAAAACUACAUUUAGUGAGAGAGGAUAUUCUAUAUUACUGAAAUAUAUAAAAUCACAUUUAAAUUCUAAACAUUUUGCUCAUAAUUUGAUACAUGGUUAUGGAAACUAUUUAAAGUUACAAGAACAAAUCAAAUUAGCAGAAAAUGAUUUCCCAACUCUCGAAAAAAUAUUAAAUAGAAUUAGAAGCAAAAUAUUUAACAUAAAUAAUUUAAUAAUAAAUGUAACUUCUGAUUCAGCAGCAUUAGACUAUUUGUUUAAUAAAUCAAAAUAUUCUUUUAAAAAAUUAUUAUCAUACUUUGAAGAAAAUAAUUUAAAUAAUGAAAAUUAUAGUGGAUGGAAUGAUGAAAUUAAACAGAAUAAAUUAUUAGAUGGAGAACAAGAAAAAAAAGAAUUUUUUGUUUUACCAACUUUUGUAAAUUCUGUUUCAAUGUCAGGUAUUUUAUUCAAUGAAGGAGAAUACCUUGAUCCAGCAUUUACUGUAGUAGUAGCAGCCUUAAAAAAUUCUUAUCUAUGGGAUACUGUAAGAGGAUUAAAUGGUGCAUAUGGAGUUUAUGCUGAUAUUGAUUAUGAUGGUGUUUUAGUAUAUUUAUCAGCUAGAGAUCCCAAUUUAGAAAAGACUUUAAAUACAUUUAGAGAAUCAGCUCAAGGGUUAAGAAAAAUGGCAGAUAGUAUGACUGAAAAAGAUCUUUUGAGAUAUAUAAUUAAUUCUAUAGGAACUAUUGAUAGACCACGAAGAGGAAUUGAACUUAGCAAACUAUCCUUUUUAAGGAUUGUCUCAAAUGAGACAGAAGAAGAUAGAAUUGAAUUUAGAAAUCGCAUUAUGAACACUAAAAAAGAGGAUUUUUAUAGAUUUGCAGAUUUGUUAGAAAAAAAAGUUAAUGAAUUUGAAAAAAAUAUUGCUAUUAUAACAAGCAAGGAAAAAGCAAAUGAUUACACAAAAAAUGUGGAUCAAAACUUUAAAAAAAUUUUUAUUGAGUAA